AUCACUUAGCAAACAGGCGGGGCCUGGAAAGAAGGCAAAAACUCCCAGAGGAAACUUUACGGGACCACAAGAGAGAUUAAACCAGCCUAGGAAGGUCGCAUCCGAGUUAGCAUCAUCAUGACCGGGGGACACAUCGGCACUGUCAUGGUGACCGGAGCCAAUCGGGGCAUCGGUUUGGAACUGAUCAGACAACUCGCAGAAAUGCCCAACCCCCCAGAACGCAUCUUUGCCACGUGCCGCGAUCCUCAGGAUAAGAGAAUGCAGGAGAUGAAAAAGCUGGCUGCCAAACAUCCCAGCAUUGUGAUACUGAAGCUUGAGGCCACUGACGAAGAGAGCAUCAAGGCUGCGGCAAAGGAAGUCGAGGCCCACUUGGCCGGAAAAGGGCUCAACCUUUUGAUAAACAAUGCUGGUGUCAUGCCCCCAAGCACACUAGAGUCGGUGACCCAAGAAGACAUGCUGAAUGUGUGCAAAAUCAACCUUGUUGGGCCAAUGCUGGUGACCAAGACUGCGCUGAAUAUGCUCACCCGGUGCCAGGCACUAGAAUACAAGGACGACGGGAUCCUGUUUGCCGCAAUCCAUCCAGGCUGGGUGAAAACUGAUAUGGGCACAGAAAAGGCAGAGCUGAUGGUGGAAGAAAGCGUUCAUGGGAUCCUUAAUGUGCUCUCCAAUCUCUCUGAAGAACAUAGCGGGCGAUUUCUGAAUUGGGAGGGCAAGUUCGUUGCCUGGUAAAAGGAAAUCGGGCAGAAGUUCAAUAGAGGAACCCACCGGCAGGUGUGAUGAAAGAGAAACAGCUGGACCUCCCUUUUGCCUGCUUGACCUUGUAAGAAUCUAGGCUAAAUCCCCAUUAGUGCCCAGUAGUCCCACCACCCCCAGCUACAAAGCCACUCUGGGCACAUCUAGCAGGUGUCUUCCUGGUUCUGGCAGGGACCUUUGAUGUCUCAAUAAGGCCUUCCCACACUGUAGGCAACCAGUUAUAUAGGCUUCACAGCCUGCAUUGGGCUUCCACCAGGCAGCUGUAUCCCUUGGCCAGCGGGAGGAACAGCAUGGCCUAAAAUUCUCUGCCCUGUAAGGCUGUAGGGCUUCCAGUCCUUGUAAUAAGUCUCCUCCAGUUUCUUCAUGGGCUGACAAUAGGUAGGUUCCCUUCCAAUAGGAAUUCCACACAGAAUAUUUGAAGAACCUUAGACAGUACGUUCCUGUAGAAAUCAGACUGCGAAGGGGAUUUCACAGUCGUAGAUGAACCAUGGAAAAGGAUGAAGUCCAGCUUCUUUUGAAUCAAACUAUUUGAGACCCACACAGGCUUCCCCGGGUACCAUAAAGACACACUGCUCACAGGGGGUCAGUGGGGAUUUUAUUAGUAAAAUAUAUCAAACGUGAAAUCAGAAAUGUCAGUAGAAAAAUAAAAACCUGAUAUUAGCAGUACUGUUCUUCCUGUUGUACAAAGAUUUGUUCACACGUCACAGCAAUCAGUGGAGUACAAAGUUUCAGAUACAGCCUCAGUGCAGCUCGGGAAAAUCUCCAUCACAGAUGAGGGGGAGGACCGACAUUGGCAGAUCUUGGGAUGGCAUAGCUUAAAAGAUACGUGAGGCAAAGAUCACAAACAUAACACACGGUAUCCUCUUGAGUUUCCUCUUUGGGACAUUUAGUGGUUCAUCACAAUUCGAAGUCCCUUGCAAGUGCCAAAAUUCUGUACAUGUUUUGGUAAGAGGGCAGCCUGUCCCACUAUCAGUGGAGAAACAAAGAAGCUUCCUGGCCAUUAUAGGCUUACAGAUUCUAUUAUUCUGCUGCACAAGUUACUGGUUAUGGCACUUGCUGAUGGGGAAUGUCCCUUGUGUCCACUAAGGUUGCGAUCCAAACAUUUAGGAGCAAAGCAAAAUAGAUUGGAUCUUGGGGUGGAGAAAAGAAGGGGGAGGGAAAUGUUUUCAACUACCGGAUCAACAAGGAGUUACGAAACAAACCAACAGAAUCAAACUGCAGUAGCUGAACAAGAAAAGAGUAAAAAGCAGGAAAGAAAAAUAAGAUCAAAAUCAAAUAGUGACCUUUUUCAGAUCCGGAGAAAGGAGUAGCCAGAAACGAUAGCUAUAAAGUGCUCAGCCCAUCCUAAGGCACACAAAAAAACCCCACAACUAAAAUGAUCA